AGCCCCGGCCGCGAGCGCAGAGGUGCCGCCGCCGCCGCCGCCGCCGCGAUGUGACCUUCAGAGCCGCCCGCACGGGAUGACCGGAGCCACCGCCCCGCGGCGCCCGCGGCUCGCCACGGCCUCCCGGGUGCUCUGAGCGCGCGCUCCCGGCCCGGCCCUCGUCCCCCGCGGCCCUCGCCCCGCGCUCGCCCCGGCCCGGCCCGGCCCCGCCAUGCCGCCGCCGCCCGGGCCCGCCGCCGCCCUGGGCACCGCGCUGCUGCUGCUCCUGCUGGCCUCGGAGUCCGCGCACACCGUGAUGCUGCGGGCGCGCGAGGCGGCGCAGUUCCUGCGGCCCCGGCAGCGACGCGCCUACCAGGUCUUCGAGGAGGCCAAGCAGGGCCACCUGGAGAGGGAAUGCAUCGAGGAGCUGUGCAGCCAGGAGGAGGCCCGCGAGGUGUUCGAGAACGACCCCGAGACGGACUAUUUUUAUCCAAGAUACUUAGACUGCAUUAGUAAAUACGGAUCUCCGUACACAAAGAGCCCCGACUUCGUUUCAUGCGUUCAAAACCUGCCUGACCAGUGCUCCCCGAACCCCUGCAACAAGGAGGGGACCCAGGUCUGCCAGGACCUCAUGGGCAACUUCUAUUGCCAGUGCAGGGCUGGCUGGGGCGGGCGGCUCUGUGACAGAGAUGUCAACGAGUGCAGCCAGCAGAACGGAGGCUGCGGCCAGAUCUGCUCCAACAAGCCAGGCAGUUUCUACUGCGCCUGCUACAGUGGCUACACGCUCGCCCCCAACAGCAGGACCUGCCACGAUGUGGAUGAGUGUGCAGAUGGAGGCGCCUGUGGGGAGGCUCACUGCAAGAACUUGCCGGGCUCCUACUCCUGCGUGUGCGACGAGGGUUACGUGUUCAGCUCCCCAGACAAGGCCUGCCGAGAUGUGGACGAGUGUGCAGAGGGCCGCUGUGAGCAGGCCUGCGUCAACUCCCCGGGGGGCUACGCCUGCCACUGUGACGGACGCGGAGGCCUCAAGCUGUCCCCGGACAUGAACACCUGUGAGGAUAUUUUGCCCUGCGUGCCUUUCAAUGUGGCCAAAAGCGUGAAGUCCUUGUACCUGGGCCGCAUGUUCAGUGGGACGCCCGUGAUCAGGCUGCGCUUCAAAAGGCUACAGCCCACCAGGCUGGUCGCCGAAUUUGACUUCAGGACCUUUGACCCUGAAGGCGUCCUCUUCUUUGCUGGAGGCCAUCAGGACAGCUCCUGGAUUGUGCUGGGCCUGCGGGCCGGCCGGCUGGAGCUGCAGCUCCGCUACCAUGGUGUCGGCCGCGUCACCAGCAGUGGGCCUGUCAUCAACCACGGCAUGUGGCAGACGAUCUCUGUGGAGGAGCUCGAUCGGAAUCUGGUCGUCAAGGUGAACAAAGAUGCGGUCAUGAAGAUCGCAGUGGCCGGGGAUCUGUUUCAGCUGGACAGGGGGCUGUACCACCUGAACCUGACCGUGGGAGGCAUUCCCUUCAAGGAGAGAGACCUGGUGCAGCCUAUAAACCCCCGUCUGGACGGCUGCGUGAGGAGCUGGAACUGGCUGAACGGCGAGGACACCACCAUCCAGGAGACAGUGAAGGCCAACCCCAAGAUGCAGUGCUUCUCCACGACCACGAGAGGGUCCUUCUUCCCUGGGACCGGGUUUGCCUUCUACAGCCUGGACUUCGCAUCCACACUUCCUGUGUGGGGACACAGGCCUGGGCAGAAGCCAUGGUGGCCCUGUCCCCUACUGCACACUCCACGGUCUGCGAACGUGUCUGUGGACUGCCUCGGUCGUGAAGCCCACUGGGUGUUUGCUCAAGUCUCUGCGUUUCUCACAGAGCUCCGACGACACCGUUCCCGAACUCAGAGAAGCGUCUUCGGGACGUCCCCGAGUCAGCCCCCAGCAGCAUCUGGAGCUGGGAGACCCCUCCCCGCUGACGGACCGCCCAGCACAGCCGGGGCCGACGAUCCCGUCACAGGAAAACUCAGGGCCAGGAGACACAGGAGGCUGCACUGGCCAUGUUUUUUUGGCUUUUGUUCUUGGCUUUUGGGCUUUUUCCAGUUUCGCGUGCAUUCGAGUCACUGGACGGCUGUUGGAAAUGGACUAUAGCAGACCCUCUUAGGUCCGGGGCCCCCACAGAUGAUUCCGGUGCUCACGGUCCACUGGAAACCUUCGGGAACCCAGGCCGUGGCUCACCUCGGCGCUGACCCCCCUGCCGCGAGGGCAUCUGAGCUCCAGCGGAUGCGGCUCCUUCAAGACUCGACGGUCUCUGAGACAGAAGCCCCUGGGCCGUGGGGCCGAGGGGGUCCUCGGGCCUCACCGUCAGCAGACAAUUCACAUGUCCAGAGGAAAUGGGUGUUGUAGCGACCCCCAGAGAACCACGAUGCUCCCACACAGUAUGCUCUCUGGACCUGUCCAUGCAGGAGCCGUGGGGAAAGCCUGCGUGUCUGUCCCUCGGACGUCCGCGCAUCAUAAACCCACGUCACAUACGUAGACGAGGCGCCUAAGCACGGAGCUGCUCAGUGGGGCAUGGAGCCAUGCGGUCCGAGAAGGGCGCGUUCUGAGGGCUUCCAACCACGUGCGACUUGGUCGAGCCGCCCGAAGGGCACCCGGGAGACGCGGCGGGGCAGGGGGCCGUGCGCUCCAGUGUGUCCUGUGGGAGAGGAAGAGGGGAUGCCAGGGAAGGGUGCCUGCGGCCCACGGGACACGCCUGCCUUCAGUCCUGGCAGGCCUGUGUGGCCCGGGGGCCAUGCCAGGGGCUUGUGGCAGGGCUGUCGUCCCCAGGGCCCACAUGUUCCCCCACGAUCGGCUCCCUGGGGAUAGGCCCCUGGCACUCAGGCGUGUCCUCCCGGGGGCUGCCUCCCCACUCACCACGGCCGGCCCCGCCUCCUGACGUGCCGCCCUCA